AUGAAUGGUGGACCUGCUGGUAGGGAGGAGCAGAACUGGAACGGCAAUGCUCGCUCACCUGGCAGAGAGCGUGGGGGUGAACCUCCCAGACGCUCUAGCCGCAGCAGGAGCCCCGUACGGGAUGACAGAGGCCGGGGGGGUGGUGACAGCGGUGGUCACAACCCUGGAAACAAUCUUCAUGUCUCAAACUUAAGUCACCGUGUUGAUACGCGUGACCUUGAAGCGGUGUUCGCUAAAAUUGGCCGUGUCAAAAAGGCUUCUGUCAUGUACGACCCGCAUACCCGCGAGUCUCGUGGGUUCGGAUUCGUCACCAUGGAGACUUCUGAGGAGGCAGACGCUGCCAUCACCGCGCUCAAUGCGACUGAAAUCAUGGGGAAGGUUGCCACCGUAGAAAGAGCCCGCCGCGGACGUGCGCGUACUCCGACACCUGGAAGGUACUAUGGCCCUCCCAAGCGCCAUGAUAAUGAGCGCCCGUACGACCCGCGCCCUUACGACAGCCGCUAUUCCCGUGACUAUGAUGAUCGUCGUCGUGGAGGUCGUCCUGAUGAGUAUCGAGGAGGAGGUGGUGGUGGUGGCGGCGGCGGCGGCGGCAGGGACUACGAUCGCGGUGGCUACCGUGACUAUGACCGAGGGUACAGUGGUGGUGGUGGUGGUGGUGGUGGUGGUGGAGGCCGCGGCAGUCGCGACUACGAUCCUCGUGGCCACGACUACGACAGGAGAUACUAA